UAACCAUUUUCAUAAAAACAUGAAUUUGCAUAAACAUUCCCAGUCAUAGAUGUUAAACUAGUUAUAAAAUACUACAAUUCACUUGAUUUUCACUUUUGUAAAAAAUAUCUACAACACAAAUCCUGUAAUCCUGUAAUGUAACAAAUAAUUGUAUGUCUAUAGUUCUUUUCUUCGCUUAGAUCCUUAAAUAUUGGUGGGUCUUCUUUUUUAAUAUUGACAAUUACACGGUCUUUUUAACACAUUUUAUUUACAAUUACACGAUUUUUUUAGAACGAUUUAUCCACGUUUAUUCGGUUUUUCACACAUUUUACACACUAAUAAUUACAAUUCGUAGAUAACGUAACGAAAAUUAUGUAUAUUCUGUACGAAUAUUUCCAAAUCUUUUCUUAAACAGAGUCACUUAUGUUAAUAUUUGUAUAGCGUUUAAAGCAAAAUAACUUUUUUAAAAUUGAGCUAAAUAUCUUGAGUUUUUUAGAGAAGUUAGGAUAUUUACUAUAUAUUUGGUUUUAUUAUAUACUAUAUAUUACUAGUUUAUUAUAUAUAUAUAGAUGGCGUGUAAAAAAAAUUAAAAAAAUUGCAAUUGAUUGAAAUCGCGAAGAAAAUGGUGUAAGUCUCUUCUUACGACUCUUUUAUCUGAGCCUGUAAUAAAAAUGUAAACAAUAUGAUUUGUAGAUUUAUAUCAGUUAUUUACAUUCUGAAAAUUUCAUCGAGAUCGAUUAAUACUGAAACAAUUGAUUGGCAUUGAAGGAUUUAAGAACCUUUAAAUUUAUUAUAGCUAUAUAGACCAUAGGCUGAAAGCUGUAAAAAACUGCGAUUUUCACCAGUUUUGACCGAUUUUUAUGAUAUUUUCAGCAUGUAUAAUAUAAUUGACGAAACGUAUUGCCUAAAUUUUCAUUACAGGCUUAAUAAAAAAAAGUUGUAAGAAGCGAUCCUUACUAUCUUCUUCGCAAUUCCGACCAACUGCAAUUUUCCCGAAAUUUUCUUUAUACAUCAUUUAAUAAACUAACUAUUUUAACUUUUCAAAAAAGCUUAAGUAGUUGAUCCAAUUUCAAAGAAGUUAUUCUGUUUUAAAAGUUGUUCGGAUAUUAAUGGAAGUAACUGUAUGAAUGUGUUUAUUAAAUAAAUUAUUUUUAAUGAAUGCAAUUCUAUAUUUUAAAUAGAUUUUUGUGUAGUUUGUGUUAUUUUAAUACAAAUUUUAUAUUUUAUUACAAAUCAAUCCUUAUGCAAUUUUUUUAUGUAGGAUUUUUUUUAUGGAUACUAUGCAUCUAUCAUGUAAAAAGAUACCCAGCUGUAUAUUGUAUAUCUUUUUCUGCUGUCUGAUUAACGAAAUACGCAAAAAAUUCCACAUUAGGAUUGUAACAAAGGCGAUUAACUUUAGCUAGGUAAUAAAAUAAAUGGUCAGUGUGACGUUAUUCGAACGACUGUCAAUCAUAUCGAUCGCUUGAAUCGGCGUGUGUAAAAGUAAUCGACUUCAAAACACAAUAGAUAUGUAUAACUGACGUUUUUUAAACGAAAGUAUAGUGUAAAAAAAAACAUUGCUAACGCUAGAUAGAUCUCGAUUUCUCCCGUGAAGUUUGACCAGGGCCGAAACAGCUGUUCUGCUGUUGGAUGGUUAAUUUGACAGGGAAGUCGAAGGAUAAAACGAAUGUUUUAUCUAGAUUUAACCCUUUUAAAUGAUAUCGCGAAUAUUCCGUGGCGAAAAUGAGAAUGUCGCAGUUAAGAGAAAACGGCAAAUCGACACCUUGAAAAUUUUUAACGACAAUGUAGUAGAGCUAAGAGAAGAUGUGGAAUAUCAGGUACAAUUCAAUGCCGGGGAAAGGAGAAUGGCUAUUAUGGUCUCUUUGUCACCGGAGUUUCCGUUGGAAAAACCAGUACUCAGGGUUUCUCCACCCAUAAAACACCCUUGGUGUAAUGAACACAAUGAAAUCACCAGUGCACCAGGACUACUUAAUUUUACAGUGCACAGUGAUCUUGGUCGUGUCGUUCAAGCUAUCAUUAGAGAGUUUAGUAAAAAUCCUCCACAGUUGUUAGAAGAAAUCUCUUCUGGAUCUAUCAAGUCCCACAGAGGUACAUACAUUUUUAUAUUACAUGUGAUGAGAGCAAAGAAUCAAAAUUUCUGUUAUUAUUCUUUUAUUAUACGAAUCACAGAUUCACAAGGAAGAAAUUCUCCGUCUUAUUCCCUGCAACAGUAUCCAGAAAUUACACUGGCGUCAUACAAUUCUUAUUAUAACACUCAAUAUCCGCAGUAUUCAUCUGCCAAUGCAAAUACUUGUAUCUAUAAUUACAAUCAUACAAAUUCGGGUACGGUGUACGUGACGGAGGGCCAUACAAAAUUCGGUUCUCCGUCACAGCAUUCAGCAUAUGUAGCGACUUCGCGAAGCAGUUCGCUUCACAAUACAGAUGCAACUAGGUACAAUUCAAAUCACCAUGGAACAUAUUUGAAUUCGCAUUACGUAAACGCGAAUUACCAUCAGCAAUCGUUGCCGAAUCAAGCGCAAAUUAAGCUGCGGCAGAGCAUAGCGUUUCCAGAAUUGAAUAACUUAAGUAACGAGGAAUUGAGAUGGUUAAGCGAGGAUGAUGAUAGAGUAGAUGAAUUCCUGGAUAAACAUUCCGACUUAAAAGACAUUAACACGGCUAUUGACGAUGCAAUAGAUUGGGUCCAAAAAACUGCCGAGGCCAAUGUAGCCAAAGAACCCGAGCUUAGAGAAUUGCAGUCUGAUGUAGCCAAUAAAGUACAGACUGUGACUGCACUAAAGGCUAGAUAUGAUCAGCUUAUACAACGAUACAACAAGUUAUCCGAAGCAUUUACUCCGGAUCACAUAAAAGAGUGUUUAAGGAAAGCUGCAGAUGAGAGUCACGAAGAAAGCGAACGAAUCGCCGAGGACUUCCUUAAUAGGAAAAUUGAUGUCGAACGUUUCCUCAGCACUUAUAUCGAGUGUAGGAAGCUGGGACAAGCGAGAAGAACUAAAGAGGAAAAAUUAGCACACCAGCUGAACGAAUUGAAACGAGCGGGUUAUUAAAAUUAUGUAUAAUCUUAUCUUUUUCUAUGAAUCGAACAAACUGUACAUAAUGCCUAGUUCAAUUAAAUAAUACUGUGAAUUUGAA